AUUCCAUCCAUGACUCUCAUCCUCCCUCCGGAACUCGUCGCUGAGAUCGUUGGUCACGCACGGACCGACAGGAAGACACUCCUCGCAUGCUCCUGCGCUGCCUCCUCGUUUCUGCGCCCCAGCCGGAACGUGUUGUUCGAGACGGUCACCGUGGCUUCUGCGGCGCGCGGGAGAGGGCUGGUUCAGCUCGCGUCGUCUCCGUGGGAGACCUUCUCUGCAUCGAUCCAGAAGCUGUGCGUCGUUAUGGAUGUGGACUCGGUGGACGCGGACACGGAGCUGGAGAUCUUCCUGGACAAUGUCGUGGCGGGACUUCCGGCGCUGCCCUCCCUCUCGCAACUCUCGGUGCAAGAUUUCACCUUUGGAUUUCAUCCGGCAUCGACCGCUCGUUUAGAGCGUCUGGCACAUAUCACGUGCCUUGAGAUAACGGACAGCUUGUUCGAUCAUGUGUGGGGGUUGUUGGGGUUUAUCGCUGCGUUUCCUCUGCUGGAGAAGCUUGCUGCCGACUUGGUGUUUGCGGAUGACGAAGUGACAUCGCGUCAACCCAUUACGGAAUUGGCCUGUCCUCGAGGCCUGCAUACGUUGUCGCUAUCCCAGCAUGUCGGCUCGGUCCCUGCGCCUUUCCGGAUCAUUACAGAGUGGUUUCACAGCUCGGAGAUCAGGGAUCUCCGAAUAGCAACUGUUCAGCGAGAGUCUGUAGGGUCCGCUGGAGCACUGAUUCGCGCCAUAUCCAACCAUCUACGCACGCUCGAUAUCGCGCUGUCACCUCACGUGAACACAGCACAAGUCGAACAACACCUCGAUCUAUCCGGCUGCACAGGACUGAAGUCACUCACGGUCCAUGUCGGUCUCCGUCGAAACACAACACCGGGAGCGCCACCGAGCGCAAUCUGGGCGCUCCUUCGCGCCCCACGCAGCCCAAUCCAGACUCUGAUCAUCGUGUUGAGAGUGGACAUCGUGUUCCUCCUGGUCAACUUUAGCUGGACGGACCUGCACGACCUGCUGCGAACCAAGCCGUAUGCAGAGCUGGAGCAACUGCGCUUCAUGGUGCACUGUCCCUAUGACCCGCUGAUUUUGCAGGCCGUCAGGGCCCAGAUGGGUCUGGAGCAGGGGCAGGAGCGUGCUGCGGGCUUGCCUGCUCGCCAGAUUGUUGUCGAACACAGCGAGGUGUCUCUGAGGCGUUCAUGAUCACAUUGGACACAUCCAUGCCGUUGACCUGGAAGCAAACGUCAUGUUUUGGCUGUCCUGUCUGCAACGGACGGAUGAUUAUCACCCUUCUAAAUCUCUAUCGAGUCGCAAGUCGCCAUGCAUGAGUGGUUUCCGCUCGCAAAGACUCCGAGGGAGGUAGUAGAUCGAUGAAGCAAUCAUUGUCUGCUUUCCAUAUUUCGCUUGAUUCAAUCCAUCCUGCAACACGUUUAAAUAUGUGCUGAGUGUAUUCAAAUCGCAAAUUUCUCUGCGCAUGGAAUAGGAUUCUCGACGCUACGAAAUAGAGCAGGUGUUACAUGAGAAGGACCCGUGACCGUGAUCGCUCCUCCACGCUUUCGGAGUGCAAGGAACAUCCAGCAUUCCAGAAGAGAAAUACGUUCUCCUUACAGGCGUAUUGGAAUCCCUCGCUAAUUACUACGCUUCUAGCGCUCCGAUUCGGCGGCUCGUCUCCAGCUUCGAGAGCCCAAAGAAGAUCUGGAUGUCCACCGUUCUGAUUCACGGUGCCAGACGAGCUCCCUAUCUAAGAUUGAGUGAAGUGGAUGAGGUUCACCAUCCCACUCAUCUUUAUUAGCCGUUUGUUCAAUUUUGGGUGAUUGUUGAGCCUCUAAUGCUUUCCGUUCUUCAUUGAAAGAAUUCUGUACCACCCCGC